UGGGUUGGUGGAGGGAGUAGGUAGGGCACCCACCGAAAGUUGGGGUGGGUCCCGGCCACUGGGGAGCCUUCGUCUGGCGUCAGCCUCCCUUUCUUCGCCCCGCCUCCCUUCCCGUACUUCCAUCUCCACUUUCUUGGGGGCUGGUUGGGGGCAAAAGGGUGCAUGCAGUGAAGUCAGGUCCUGAAACCACCAGGGGAUUUUUUUUUUUUUUUUUUUUUUUGCGGGGGAGCAGGUGGAAAGAAAGGAGAACAGUGAACAGGCCUCUGGCUCCUGCGCGAAUGGCUUCACCCAGAGGCAAAGGCAGCCGCGGUGACACUUCCUCAAAGUGAAAGCGAAAGUCAAGUAGGCAGAGAGGACACAAGAGAAGGGGACAGGAGCUGCCAGCGAAGGGUGUUUGGAGCCCCCUUUGCAGCCGGGACCUUGCCUGCGGUCGAGGGUGGGCAGGGAGACUGUAAGGGCGGCGGGAGAGGAGGGCCUGAGAGCAGCCCCCAUGGGCGCCAAGGAAUGGUGCCUGCUGAUCUGCUUGGCUCUCUCCGGGGCGGCAGACGCCGCAGAGAGGCAGUGGCGGGCAGUGGAUGUGGUGCUGGACUGCUUCCUGGUGAAGGAAGGUUCUCACCAUGGAGCUUUUGCCAGCAGUAGGAACACGGUAAAGGCCUUGUUGGUGCUGAAGCAGGUGCCAGUGCCAGAUGAUGGCUCCCUAGAAGGCCUCACAGAUUUCCAAGGGGGCACACUGGCCAAGGAUGACACCCAGAUUAUCUUCGAGGCCUCAGUGAACCUGGUACAGAUGCCCCAGGCCGAGGCCUUGCUCCACGCUGACUGCAGCGGGAACGACGUGACCUGUGAGAUCUCCCGCUACUCUCUCCAGGCCAGGCAAGAGGCCGCCAUGGAGACGGCAGCCUGGUUCAUCACCAACGUGCAGGUGUCUGGAGGGGGACCUAGUAUCUCCAUGGUGAUGAAAACUCUCGGGGAUGCUGAGAAUGGGGCUGUCUUGCAUCCCACGCUGAACCUGCCCCUGAGCCCCCAGAGGACUGUGCAAACUGCAGUGGAGUUCCAGGUGACAGCACGGACCCCGUCCCUGGACCUCCUGCUGGGGUCCUCAGUCUCCCUGCCCUGUGGCUUCUCCAUGGCACCAGGCUUGGUCCUCACCAACGUAGAGUGGCGGCUGCAGCACAUGGGGAGUGGACGACUGGUGUACAGCUGGACCACGGGGCAGGGGCAGGCCAAGCGGGAGGGUGCCACCCUGGAGCCUGAGCAGCUACUCCUCGCUGGGGACGCCUCCCUCACCCUCCCCAGCCUCACUGUGAAGGAUGAAGGGGCCUAUGUAUGCCAGAUCUCCACCUCCCGCUUCCGAGCGCAACAGAUUAUCCAGCUCCACGUCCAAGCUCGCCCCAAAGUACAACUAAGCCUGGCCAACGAAGCCCUGCCAACCACCCUCAUCUGCAGUGUCACCGGCUAUUAUCCUCUGGAUGUGACUGUGACGUGGACCCGAGAGGAGCUGGAUGGAGCCCGGGUCCCGGUCUCUGGCGCCUCCUUCUCCAGCCUCCGGCAGAGCACGGCAGGCACUUACAGCAUCUCCUCCUCGCUGACGGCAGAACCUGGCUCUGCGGGCGCCACUUACAGCUGCCAAGUCACCCACGUCUCCCUGGAGGAGCCUCUUGGGGCCAACACCUGGGUUGCCCCACCAGAGCAGGGGACGGCCUUUGGAGUCCUCUUUGCCAGCAGCCUCUUCCUCCUUGCACUGCUGUUCCUGGGGCUGCAGAGACGCCAAGCUACCUCACCAAGGCCUGCCGAGACCCCGAGGCACUCUGGGUAGCCACUCUCCUGCCUUAGACUUAAAAGAUAGUCACAUUCUCCCUGAAGGACUCUAAGCCGGGUCCCAGAGCUCAAAAAGGCCCCGGGAAAGGUAUGAAGAAGGCACAGGGACGCCGGCCUUCUGCCACCGCGUACCCUGGGCUGGUUUUCCGAGGGAGGGAAUGUGAAGAGGUGAGAGGAAGGCAGGAGGUCUGGGUGGACGUUAAAACAUGAGCCAGAUUUGAAGUGUGCUGGUAGCAAAAGGUAACAGAAAAAAAUUAAAGAAAGAACACGUGGGGGUAGUGGGGCGAGGGGUGGGGGCUGGGCCACUACACACAGUCCCUGAGCUCUGUCCCAAUAAACCCCCCACGUCCUCGAAAGCAAAGCUUCUCCACUUUCCUGUUUUUCCCCACGCUGGGCCCCACGGAGACCUGCCCCCAGCCUCGCUGCUCCGACGUGCAAAGUGUGCAAGGUGUGAAACGAAGACCCCCAGCAGGAGCCCCGGGGCCCCAUCUCAGUUGCUCUGCGUAACUCUGGACUGCGGUCAAGGGCCUGCACUUGUGGAGUUGCUGGGCCCUUACACUGACAAACCCCUCAUGCCCUCAGUAGCAGAGGAGAGAUUUCUCCUUUCGGUCACUUCUAAAGCGGGCCUGGUCACUGCAGGGGGACUCAGCGUGAGACAGCUGUGUGUGCGGACAACGGGGAACAGAGCCCAGGAGCGAGGAGGGAGGAGACAGCAGAUGUGUGAGAAGCCUGCAGGUGUUUGUCAGGGAGACACCCACUCAGCUUCCUGUCACCACCC